UUUGUGUUAUACAUGAGUGAGUUGAACCCUUUCUGGGUUGAGCUUUUUACUAUUCAUUGUCACCAACACUCCAUAUGCUCGAGCUUCCCUAUCUUUUUAAGUCCCUUGCUUUUAUAUAAUUAAGAAUCUUUCCUUGGCUAUAACGUGUGUGUGUGUGUGUGAGAGAGAGAGAGAGAGAGAGAGAGAGAGAGAGAGACGUCACACGUGCAGAGUCCCAAUCAUGGCCGGAGGUUCUUCUGGCAUAGCAAUAGCAUGUCCAUUAAGCGCCACAGCCCACUUGGUAUAAUUCUUGGUCUUCUAAAUUUCUAGUACUCUUUGAACAGUCUCAACUCAGACUGUAUCCUGUGUUAGUUCUCUUGUCUUCUAUCGAUCUAUCUCCGUCCUGUCAACCCUCCCUCCUGCUGAUGGGGAGAGGAGACUCAUCAGCAGUCGCUGCAGCGUGUGCUGAGAAUAGCAGUUCGGCCACGUGCACCCAACUGUGGUCCAUCAGUGGGGAUUCCCUCAGAAGGUACGUGCAUUUUGCGAGUGAGAGCUGCAUACAGGAAUUGUUGUCUGCUUCCGACUCGAACAGGGUCAUCAAUGGUCACGAUGGCUGGAAGGUUCUUGCCCGUGAUAAUGACAUUGAGAUAUCGAAGCGUUGGUCUGGUUCACUUCACACCUUCCUCAGCCGCUGGCUGCUUAGAUCAAUCUCCCCCCAACAAUUCAUCAUCUUUGCCAAUGCCAUCGACGCUGCCAAGUUGGAUCCUGCGGGUUGGCUGCCCAAGUGCUUUGUCAAUCGACUCAACACCAAGUUGGUUUUGAUGAUCGACAAUCCUAGGAAGCUAGCUCAGAGCUAAUCCCAUUGAUGGUGACAUAUGAUGUACUUUUAAAUGAUAAAUGGAUUUUUCUUUUGGCAAUUUAAUUACAGUUUUGUAGUGAUAUAAUAUUGUUAUUCCAUUGUGGACAGCGGUGGCAGGACAAAAUUUGGCAGCUGCCCAGGUUGCAACCAAGUAGUUGUUGCCUUGCUUGUAGUCAAUGAAAUGAAACCUGGAAGAGUGCUUUUGAAAAUAAUAAAACUUAGGAGGAUAUCUGUGGUCUUAAUGGGGUAAGUUAAUAAUUCUAUUUCAUUGGCUGGCAAUAGGGGUUGUAGCCAAAUAGCUGCAACUCAGGCAGUAGUCAAAUUUCUUUUACAAUUUGUCAUGUCAAUGAUAUAUUUCACGUUUUUUAUUUAUUCAAAAUACAGUUUCUUGUUUUUGAGUAUUAUAAUGAUCUUUUUAAUCUCAA